AUGGCCAUGACACAGCUCCCGCCCUCUCAACAAGCCCUCCAACAAGAUGACAACGGUCAGCCUUAUCUCGUUGACAAGGCGGCCAUCCCGUCGCUCCCGCCCGGCUACGUGCUAGUCAAGACGUACGCCGUCGCCCUCAAUCCUUCUGACCACAAGAUCCUCCGCAAUUUCCCCAUCCCGGGGGCUUACCUAGGAUCCGACUUUUCCGGCACGGUGGUCCAGGCCGCCGCGGAUGUGGAUACCGACGCCUUGAAGCUCGGCACCAUGGUUAGCGGCGCCGCGUUUAACUUCUCGCCCACGCACCGGAAGGCCAACGGUGCGUUUGCCGAGUACGUACGCGCGCGCGCCGACCUCCUGUUGCGCAUUGCGCCUCCCGCUUCCCCUUCUCCUUCUCCUUCCAUAAACAACCCCGCCACAAUGGACCCUUUUCAAGCCGCCACCCUAGCCACCGCGAUCUGCACGUGCAUCCUAGCCUUCUGGUCGCCCGACGCGCUCAACCUCCCGGGCACUCCGGACGCCCCCGAGGUUCGCGAGAAGCCGACCCCCGUGCUCGUGUACGGGGGCAGCACGGCGACGGGCACGAUCGCGAUCCAGCUGCUCCGGCAAUCGGGGUACGACCCGAUCGCGACGUGCUCGCGGCGCAACUUCGGGCUGGUGCGGGACAGAGGGGCGUCCGCGGCCCUCGACCGCGUGGCGUACGAGGACGGGGACGGGGACCUGGCGGCGGAGAUCGCGGCGCGAGCAGGGGGCCGCCUGCGGUACGCGCUGGACUGCGUGAGCGACGCGCGCAGCGCGGCUGUGUGCUACGCCGCGAUACAGCGGCCGGGGGGGCGGUACGCGUCGCUCGAGCGGGUGCCGGAGGAGAUCCUGGGGGCGCGGCAGGCGGUGCGCGCGGCGUUCGUGCUAGCGGCCGAGGCGUACGGGGAGGAUGUUGAGCUAGAAGGGGGGCAGAGACAAGCACGAGGGCAAGGACAAGGACGGAAACAAACCGGAAUGGCAGCAGUAGGCGGCGUUUUCGAAGCUGAUACAGCCAAAGCUAAGACGACUGGUCCUGAUAUGGAUCCGCCGCUGCAAUCGAACGAGACGGAUACUGAGAUGGAUACCGGGACGCCUUCUCCUCCACCCUUCAAACCUAAUUUCCGAAUCUACGCUAUUAUCGCCGGCUUAGGCAUCACGAAUUUACUGGCAGCACUAGAGAACACUGUCGUUUCGAUCGCAGCACCUGUCAUCCUGACAGACCUACAGCUCGGUGAUAAUUUCAUCUGGGUCAUCAAUGCCUUCUUUCUUUCUAGCACCGCAACACAGCCAUUAUUUGGUCAGUUCUGCAAUGUCUUCGGUCGAAGAUAUGUCAUGCUCACCGUUGUCGGCCUGUUCAUGCUCGGCAGUGGUAUCUGCGGAGGGGCUAGUACGGGCGGCAUGUUGAUCGCGGGACGGGCUGUUCAGGGCGUUGGCUCGGGUGGCAUCAUCAUGGUGUCGAGCAUCAUCAUUAGCGACUUGGUACCGCUCCGCCGCCGAGGUAACUACUCGGCCAUUCUCAUGUCCAUCUUCGGCAUCGGCUCCGCGCUCGGCCCCUUCAUCGGCGGCGCUAUCGUCUCUUCGACGACGUGGCGUUGGAUCUUCUACAUGAACUUGCCAAUCGGCGGUGCAGCCUUUGCAGUGCUCUUCGUAUUCUUACGUGUCAGCUAUAACAAGGAGAUGUCAUUUUGGCAGAAGCUAAAGCGUAUAGAUCUGGUUGGAAAUGGCAUAUUGGUAGCCAGUACGGUGUCUGUCCUAUACGCCCUGAGUUAUGCAGGUACACGGUAUCCUUGGCGGUCAUGGCACACGCUGGUUCCGCUACUCGUGGGCUUUCUGGGUCUUUUUAUAUUCGCCUGGCUCCAAACCAGCGGGCUUUCAGCCGAACCUCUCAUGCCGCCGCGUUUUUUCCGAACUCCCACCUCGGUUAUACUAGCCAUCAAUACCUUCCUGUACGCGGGCCUCCUUUACUGGUGCAUAUUCUUUCUACCGGUUUUCUUCCAGGGCGUUCUUCUUUACUCGCCGCGCCGGUCUGGCGUUGCCAUGCUCCCUAUUUCGCUCCUUGGCAUACCAGGUUCCAUAGUAGGCGCUGUUGCGCUCGCCCGCUGGGGCCGCUACAAGCUAAUUCAUAUAGUUGCGUUUGCCAUCCAAACGCUUGGGCUUGGUCUGUUCACAUUACAGUGGGAAGAGACAAGUGUUGCGCAAUGGGCUAUAUUUCAGUGCAUUGUUGCAGUCGGUGGCGGCAUGGUUUUCACGACGAUGCUACCGGCCUUCCAGGCGUUUAUUCACGAGCGCGACUUGGCGGCUUGCACGGCGACCUGGUAUUUUCUCCGCCUUUUUGGCCACGUCUGGGGAGUGGCGAUACCGGCCGCCAUCUUUAACGACCGCGUGAGCCAGUUGCUCACUGAGGGGGCCGUUUCCAACCCUCAGGUGGCCCAGAUUAUCGGAUCCGGGAGCGCGUACCAGGAGGCAUCAGCCGACUUCGUCUACCAGUUUCCGCCGGAAAUACAGACGGAAAUCCGUGCUGUUUAUAGGCAGGCGAUUCAACGUGUCUUCCAAAUCUCCAUCGUAUUUUCUGGAGUAGCGUUGAUAUUGAGUCUGUUUGAGAAGGAGGUCAAGUUACGUACAACCCUCGAUACUGAAUUUGGUUUGGAGGAGAAGAAGGACACUGAAUAA